ACACCGUCCAGCUGGCAACACUGCCCCUGUUUGACGUCUUGGUUUGUUGACAUCUGACGUGCAAAAGGGAAAGAAAAACAGCACCAGCACAAUCCUUCUCGGACCUUAAAUCACAAUGGAAGAUGAAUUUGAACCGUACGAACCGACGCUCCAGAACGUGAUCGAUCAAAAGUCACUGAAAUGGGUGUUUGUCGGUGGGAAGGGUGGUGUCGGCAAAACAACAUGCAGCUGCAGUCUGGCGGUCCAGCUGGCACAGCACCGCGAAUCCGUACUGAUCAUCUCGACCGAUCCGGCCCACAACAUUUCCGAUGCGUUCGAUCAGAAGUUUACCAAGGUGCCGACGAAGGUGAACGGAUUCGACAAUCUGUUCGCAAUGGAGAUCGACCCGAACGUCGGUAUCAGCGAGCUUCCGGACGAAUAUUUCGAGGAUGAAGCAUCGCCGCUAAACGUUGGCAAGGGAAUGCUGCAGGAGGUGAUCGGUACGCUACCCGGCAUUGAUGAGGCGAUGAGCUACGCCGAGGUUAUGAAGUUGGUGAAGGCGAUGAAUUUUUCGGUGGUUGUGUUUGACACCGCACCAACCGGUCACACACUUCGAUUGCUUUCGUUCCCGCAAGUCGUCGAGAAGGGACUGGGCAAGCUGCUGCGAUUGAAGAUGAAGUUUGCACCGAUCAUCUCACAAAUGGGUUCCCUUUUCGGGGUACAGGAUUUCAACGGUGAUACCAUCGCGAACAAGCUGGAAGAGAUGCUCAGCAUCAUUCAGCAGGUGAACGAACAGUUCCACAAUCCGCAACAAACGACAUUCGUCUGUGUGUGCAUAGCCGAAUUUCUGUCGCUGUACGAAACCGAGCGGCUCGUACAGGAGCUGACCAAGUGCGGUAUCGAUACGCACAACAUCAUCGUCAAUCAGCUGAUGUUCCAGAACAAGGGACAGCAACCGUGCACCAUGUGUUCGGCACGGUGCAAAGUGCAGGAAAAGUAUCUGGAUCAAAUUGCCGACCUGUACGAGGAUUUCCACGUGAUCCGGUUACCGCUGCUGGACGAGGAGGUACGUGGGGUGGAGAAGGUUAAAAAGUUUUCCCGCAACCUGCUCGUUCCGUACUCACCCGACACGCCGCCGCCGGCACCGCAGGAGUGAGGUGACGCUUGCCGUACCAUCUCGUACUGCUCGUAACUAUAAGAACGGUAUUUUCCCGGGUUUAUGUGUUGGGUUUUGUUUUCCGAAUGCGCUCCAUUUUAUCGGGUAUAGUUUUGUACAUGAUGCUGCAAGAGUUAAAUUAUAUUUACCGUCAUAUCAGUGCUUAGCAGCUGAUGCGAUGCUGACGUCGCGAAGAUGCUCCUAAAACUUUCCGUUCAUUUUAUUUUGUAUCUUUUCUUUCCCGUACGAAACAUCGAUAAUAAAAUCCAAACCCCAUUUUGCUACACAAA